AUGAGUCCCUUUUUCAGGUCUAACGACCUUGAGAUAUCCCACAACCCCUACCCUGAGAUCGAGAAACCGAAUUCAGUCGUACCAAACGACUUCCUUUCCCCUCCAUCUACGCCAUCAAAUCCACCCGAAAGAAGAAGUGAUAGGGCUCUAUCUAGCAAAAUAUUCAUUUCGAUCCGAAAUUUCUUCAAAGUGGGGGGCUCAUCUGCCAAUCCUCAUGAAGCAAUAAAGUCUCGAGAAAGGCCUGACGAUGCACCACCUACAACCCCUAAACAAUUGCCGUACACAAUAUUAUACCGGCGGCACUCUUUUCACGAUUUGAGAGGAAGUAAGCAACUACAGCACUUGUCCAGUGGUCUUUCACAGUAUCGUCUAUCACUGUUAUGUGAUGUUACUGGAACGGCCGAAACUACGGACAAAGAGAUCACAUCAGAUGUGAAGAUAUACCUGGAAACCUAUUUCAAUAAUAUCUUGAUGAAUCCGAAUAUCAGAUCAAUGCGCCGAAGAGCUAUGGAAUGUCGACUCCAGGAAUCGGCCUCUACCGUAUAUGAGAAGUCUUACUACCGCGAAGUCUGGAGGCGGAAGGAGAGCCAGUAUCUAAGGAAUAUUCGGACAAAUAAAGUUACGAUUUCAGAUUUUGAGAUAAUAAAGGUCAUUGGUAGAGGUGCCUUUGGCUGUGUUAAACUUGCAAAAAUGAAGGAACGUGUUGUCGUUCAGACUAAUUACUUAUAUGAACUCGAUCACGACUACAAUGAUAUUUGUAUUGUCUCCAGGCCAAGGCAGUUUAAUCAGCCUACUCAGCUCAGGGAACUCGAUACUUCUGACAUAAAGCAAGUAUUUGCUUUGAAGGUAAUCCCGAAGGCUGAGCACCUCAAAAACGGGCAAGAAGGCCAUCUACGAGCAGAGAGAGACUUUCUAGUGGCUAGUGAGGGUAGUCGCUGGGUCGUGCCCUUAAUAGCUAGCUUUCAAGACGAUGAUAAUUUGUAUCUUGCCAUGGAAUACAUGAUCGGCGGGGAUUUUUUAGGCUUACUAAUUGAGAAAGUAACCCUCAGCGAGGAAAUAACUAGAUUUUACGUUGCAGAGAUGAUUCUUUGUAUUGAGGAAGCACAUAAACUUUCUUAUAUUCACAGGGACAUCAAGCCCGACAAUUUUUGUUUUUCCUCGUCUGGUCAUAUCAAGAUCUGUGAUUUUGGUCUUGCAUUUUCCGGACACUGGACACAUGACACGGCCUAUUUCGAUCACCAACGCUGGGGAUUAUUAAGAAAAACUGGGGUUUGUGUCGAAGGGGAUAGUAUCGAUAGAAAAGAAGGCAAGGAUAUCACCAAACGUUUAAGGUCGUGGAGAUGGGGAGAGGUUCCCGAUAAUGAAAGGAUUCUGAGCUGGCGAAACAAAAAAUGCAAACGGAGAAUGGCCAAUAGUGUCGUGGGCACAUACCAGUACAUGGCGCCGGAAAUUCUUCGAGGACAGAAGUAUGAUGGUCGAUGUGAUUGGUGGAGCCUUGGAGUAAUAAUCUAUGAGUGUCUCUUUGGAUUUACUCCUUUCUAUGCUGACGACUCAAAUGAGAUUAAGGCAAACGUCUUAAAGUGGUCCAGCAAUUUAGACCUGCAAAAAAACCCUCCUCUUUCUCCUGAGGUCGAAAGUUUGAUUUCUUCUCUUAUCUGUGAAAAGGAGUGUCGACUUGGUAUGACAACAUAUUGGGAAAACGAUAUUCAAGCAUUGCCUUAUUCAAGCGUAACUCGACGGCGUCUAAGUAAUUCACCGCAUUUCGUUUUUCCAAACGAUUCCGAUGAUAUUAAGGCACAUCCCUUCUUUUCACCUAUCAACUGGAAAACAUUACACAGACAAGUUCCGCCGUUUAUACCAGAAGGGUUGCAAAACGGUGAAGAUACUAAAUAUUUCUCUGAAUGUCACUUGUCAAGUACAUGCAUGACAGAGAUUGAAACUAGUCGGGUACCAACAAGUCAAUGGGCGCUUACACCUACCAGAUCCUCUCUCAACGACCCCAAGUGUAUCUAUACACAAGUGAAGAAACAGGACACUGAGAAUAAUCACCAGGGUGUCGCUAAGGCCGACAAAGGUUUCGCAAAUCCAAAUCCCAGCAAAAGACCGAGGGAUCUAUUACUUAGAGAUAAAGAGUACGGGAAAGAGCUCUUAGAAAUAAGACAAAAGAAUGCAUUCAAAGGUUACACGUAUAGGCGACCCUACUGCAUGGAUUCCUUCUUGAGUUGA